GUAUUGAUAUUAAGCCGAGUCUGAACAUUUAAAACGCGAUAAAACGUUACUGCGCUGUGGUAAUGUAAUGUGUGCGCAUGCGCAGUAGGACAGCUCUAUGGGCAAGACCGGUGUCUCGCUGCUGUGGCCGCGUCACUCAGCAUAAAGCCUCAGCGCGGCGCUGGACGGACGGACGGACUGAGCCCAGAGCCCAGAGCCCAGAGCCCGUCUGCUUUCGCCACCAUAAGCAACAGCGGCUUAAUAUCAAUGGAGCGCAGCUGAAACGCUAACGGGCGUUAUUUCACCCCAUAACGGUGGCUGUGUUUUCGUGACGGCUGUAUAUUUACACUAUGCUGCAGUUGGGGGACGGACUUACUUGCUUCUCGGCCGUCUUCCUGCUGGUCUUGUUCGGAACCAGGAGCGCCGUUUGGUCCACGGCUCUCACGGCCUCUCUCUACCUUUUUGUGGUGCUCUUCCGAUUCCCUCAGGUUCCAGUCAGCCGGGCGAAACAGGUGCUGCGGCCGGGCUCCAGGCUCGCCCCCGGCGGCGUGUCGGUGGUGGCUCACCGCGGCGGCGGACACGACGCCCCGGAGAACACGAUAGCAGCCAUUCGAGCGGCCAGCGCGAACGGAGCCACAGGAGUGGAGCUGGAUCUGGAAUUCACCGCUGAUGGCAUUCCUAUUCUAAUGCACGAUGAAACGGUGGACCGUACUACCAACGGAUCAGGACCACUCAGCAUACUGGGCUUCUCAGAAAUCAGCCAACUGGAUGCAGCAGCCAAACAUAGACUGAGUGACCGUUUCCAAGGAGAGAAGGUCCCGACUCUGCAGGAGGCUGUGGAGGAAUGCAUCAAACACCAGCUGACCAUCUACUUUGACGUCAAAGGUCAUGCAGAUGAGGCAGCGGCAGCUCUGAAGAAGCUGUAUCAGAAGCACCCAGUGCUCUACAACUCCAGUGUGGUCUGCUCCUUUGAACCCAAAGUCAUCUACAGGAUGCGACAGGCGGAUCCAGAGGUGGUGACGGCGUUGACGCACCGCCCUUGGAGCUUGAGUCGCUUUGGCGACGGGUCACCUCGUUAUACGUCGGCAUGGAAACACCUGUGGAUGCAGGUGCUGGAUGUGCUGCUGGACUGGGCGCAUCAUCACCUGCUGUGGAACCUGUGCGGCGUGUCUGCUUUCCUGCUGCAGAAAAACUACAUCUCCACGGACAUUGUGCAGUACUGGGCAGAGCGCGGUGUGGAGGUUGUGGCCUGGACGGUGAACACAGCCGUGGAGAAGGACUACUACCAGCAGCUACUGAACAUCAACUACAUUACAGACAGUCUGACGGAGGACUGUGAGCCGCACUACUGAACGCUGCAGUGCCCAAUGCACACACCCACACACAGUCUUCGUCACUGGCUUUUAUAUACACUUUCAGGCAGACCUUACACUCACAUGUUUUUGCAGUAGAAUAUCUUACUGUUUUCUCUUGCGCUGCUGAGUAAGAGCAGAAAACUCAGUUAUGACUGGUAUUUUUAUGUUAUAGUGUGCAAUAUCAUGAUGAAGGGAUGAUUUCAGGCAACUAAAAUGUAAAAGAAUAAGAAUUUAUGGUAUUUGAUGAUUGUAAAAACUGCUUAAAUGAGUGAAUAUCAGUCAAUAGAGGAAGAUAAACUCUUAUCAUGCAAAUUUGUACAGUUUAUUGAUCAAAAAGCCUGCUGUCCUGUGGAACACACCUGGCUGUUACCUCACACGGAGGGAAAGAUCUUGUCGCCCGUUUCAGUGGCAGUUUUAACAAGCCUUUCUCCGCUUUGCCCCCCUCAGCAGACUCCCCAGCGCCAACUUGUGGGCUGUUUCAUUGUUUUUAUUAUCUCGAGUUCAUAUUUAGAUAUAGCAUGUUGAUCAUUCAGUUUGCUGGGCUUUAAGGCUACGUUCACAUUCCAAACCUCAUUCCUCAAAUCUGUUUGCCCAAAUCCGAUUUCUCUGACCAGAUGGUUCUCACUCGUUUAGGUAAGUGACCUAAAUCAGUCAUUAAUGUGAUGACCCUCAUGAGCUCCUCCUACUCAGUGACGUCACGUGACUGAAUCACUGCAACAAACUAACGAGCAGAACGAGCUUCGC